GGCGAUGGUUUUAGGAACGUAAGGCAGCUAGGUUGAUUCAGAUGUACUUCGAAUACAGUUUUAACAAUCCAGUGAUCAUUAUAUGUUAUAACAUAGAUUGAUCGAUUUAUUUCAUAUAUAUAGGUAUUGCAGCUGUUUUAUGUUGUUCACUUUAUUGACGGUAUUUAGUAUGGUAAAAGCCCGUUUUAAAUCUGAAAUUGAAAAGGAGCUUUUAGUUUUACUACCGUUCGAGUGUUCUGCAGCAACUAAAAAUUAAAAAAACGACAAAUGUCAUGAAUUGUUUACACAUGUUACGAAAAGAGAAAUUUCAUCUCAUUCUGUUAGUCCUCUUUUUGCAUUCUCUAGUGUCAAUAUUGAUACUUCACCGGUAUAGUGCGUGGAAUUUCAGCAGAAGUAGUAGGAAUGAAUUCACAAAACAAUCAUCUAGUGUACUGAAGGGGUUCUCUUGGAAUCAUAUUUCAGACCUAAAUUUACUUUCAUCUGAAGUUAUCCCUCAAAACAAAGUAGAUUCUACAGGAUGGUGGAUGGAUCAUACAAGAUGGGAGACUGGAAUCAAAUGUUUUAACCAGAAACAGACUCUGUGUUCAAAGGUUUUAAGUACAUCAUGUAAGCCUGACAGAAUUCGAGCUAUCUACCAGCAUGUUGCAAUCAAGAAGGAAGUCAAACUUCAAGGAUUCAAUUUCUCCUUGCAAGCUGCAUCUGAUCCAUUUGAUUCUCAGGUUUCAGGUGCCACUUUUGGUGCAUAUAUUUUAGUAAAGCUGUCUUCUGGAAGGUAUAACACUGUGAGACUAGAAUUCAGCACAGAUAUGCCUCCUAUGACAUUGAAAAGUACAGAUUUCCAAACAACUAAAGAUGAUGAGAGCAUCAUUAGUAUGACUGUGAUGCUGUUGUGUUUUGGAGUUUCUGGAAACAUAGUUUUUGCUAAUGUCAUGUUACUUCCAAAACCUUCAGCUUUUUUUCAAGAAAGAAAAGUUACAUCUGUGGACUUAAUUGAUUCUUGCCCUGGAUCACAUCAGACUAGUUACAAGUUUCGUGUCAAAAAGGAUCAUAUUGUUAUCCCAAAAAAACAGGGACAUAAUACAAAUUCGAAGCAGAAAGACGUAACACUUGUGACACAGAUAUCAAUGGAUAGAAUGGGAGUCCUACAAAGAAGCUUAUCUUCAUGGGAAGGGCCAGUAUCUUUAGUAAUCUAUAUUCCAUGGAAAGGUCAGAAAGAAAAUAACAUAGAAUGGCAAAGGUUAUAUAUUCAGAAGAAGGUAAAUGAAUUGAGCUUGCAUCCAGGGAGCUCUGUAACAGUUGUGUCAAGUUUGGCAAGCUUGGAAGACUACCCAAUUAAUACACUCAGAAACAUUGCUAUUAAGCAAGCCCAAUCAAAGUAUCUUCUCCUGACAGAUGCAGACUUUCAGACAUCUCCUGGUUUUAAGGAAAGAUUUUUUGCUGUUUUGAAACAAUAUUCAUUUAACCAGAAAACUGCAUUUAUUGUUCCUGCAUUUGAGUACUUGGAACAACCACAGAAACAAGAUGGUAUUCCAGAAAGCAAAUACGAACUUCUUCAGCUGCUCCACAGAGAAGAUGCAUUUAUUCAACCCUUUAGAAUCUCAGAGUCUUCAGAGUCACAUCGCUUGACUGAUUAUUGGAAGUGGUAUAGAACAGACAAGCCAUAUAAAGUACAUACAUUUAGUGACAAGUUUGAACCUUAUAUUGUGCUUGAAAAAAACGACAAACAUCCCCUUUAUGAUGAACGGUUUUUUGGAUACGGAAUGAAUAAAGUUACCCAUAUUACAGAACUUUACCUCAAAGGGUAAGAACACUUGUCAUAUGUUUGGU